AUGAGUGAAUCAUCUCCGACUAUAAAUAAUAAUAACAAUAAUAAUAAUAAUAAUAAUACCGAGCUCAAUAAUAAUAAUAAUGGAAAGGUAAAUGGGCAUUCAAACAACAAUAGUAAUGCUCUGAACUAUGGUGAUUUCAAAAUAUCUAUUUCAAUACCACCUGAUAAUCCACCGAUUGCUCGUGUCGAUCAGAAUGGUACUGAAUAUCAUUCAAUGAAUCGUUGUUGGAGAGUGGUGAUACACAACAGCAACCACAACAAGGGCAUCAACAUCAUUGAUCAACAACAACAACAACAACAGUUACUUCAAGCCAAUCCAAUGAUUGAAUUUACAGAUAACAUGAACUUGGCACGUAUCGAACUCGAACAAAUGAUAUUCCUUAUCGAUAUGAUAAAGAAUGAAAGACAUAUAAGUCUAUCGAGCAUCGAUAAACCACAAGCAUCCGAACAACGUGAAUUAAAUGAUGCUGUACAACAAAUUUCUUUAAAACAAAAAGCAUUGAGUGAUAUGGGUAAUAGAUUGAUUUCAGGUGCAGCAAGAAUGAAGGCAUCGGUCGCCACUGCUUCGUCGUGGUGGAGUGAUGUUUCAACGUUAAGAUCAAAGUGGAGACUGAAAGGAAAAGAUUCAAUGACAAUGAUGAUUCCAACAAACAAAGCAAGUACAAAGAAACUAUCAAUAGAUUAUGGAUUUUAUACGUCUGGAUCUAUUGUCGAUCAAACAGAAGCAGAUCUUUCAAGAGGAAAUAAAGGUGAAAUGAAUAUAGAAUUCCCUAAUCUACCAUAUCCAUCGGCUUUGAACAAACGAUUGUAUAUCAGCGUAAAGUCGAGAGAUUCAAAGACAUUCUCUAAUAACUCAAGCGGGCAAAUUCAUAGACUUCCAGUUACCGAUCACAGCAAAUCAUAUCGUGAGUUUGAACAGUUGUUGAACCGUGUAGACACACUGCCACUUGAAGACGCAAGAAAGUUAUCAUUCUUAAAGUGUUCAAAUCUCUUGAACAAAGCACAUAAAUAUCAAUUCCAUUCAGAGUUGUUUGAUAGUUUAAAUAGAGAAGCAUCAAUAGGAAAUACAGGUGAAAUCGUAAUGUUGACAGAGAAGGAGAUAAGAAUAGAGUGUGGUGGUUUGAAUUUAUUUAUUGGAAUGGUGGAUCCUAAGAGGGAUGAAGAUAGCGAGUCGAUUGGUGGUAGUGCAACUGCAGACGUCGACGAGAGAGAAGAUAGAGAGCGUGACUUGUUGGUUUUAUCAAGAUGUGAGAAAGAUAGCAGCAGUAGCAACAACAACAAUAAUAUUGAUGGUGAAAUGACUAUGGAGCAACAACAACAACAUAGAUUGUUCUACUUUGUAGAGCAGAUGUCUAACAAGCCGACCAUCGGUUCACUCAUUGACCUAGAGGAAUUCGAGUCGGAGCUAACCAGCAGCAGCAGCAGCAACAACAAUGUAUAUCAACAACCACAACAACAAAAUACUAAAAAACAAAAACACUCUUCGACAUCACUCAUCAACUUUAAUGAUCUUACGAUCAACAGUAGCAUUGGAACAACAACAGCGACUACAACGACAAACAACAAAAAUCAUAAACAUAUGAAUGGAAGUAUUAACAAUCGAUCAUUAGCAACAAGAUCAUCAUCAUCAUCAUCGUCCUCAAAGAAAAGAAAUACACAACAAUACUUUCAUCCGCAACUAAUUGAAUUGAUUAAAUACUUUCAAAUUAUAAACAGAGAAAUAAACAUACUUUAA